CAUUCAGACAUGCUGCUGCAUCUUGGGCUGAGUCUGCAGUAGUUCACCUGCAGCACAGCUUGCAGGAUGAGAGCCCACUGGUGGAGCUGCGUGUUGGGAUUACUCUGCCUGCCAGCAGAGGUGACACUCAACACCUGGACAGCUUCUCAAAAUCCUUCGACCAUCUCCGUGGUAAGAGUCAACUCCUCAGUUGAGAUAACAUGCUCCACAACAGUGCCAGACCCAAUAGGGCUCUACCUGGAAAGGCGAUUCCCUAACAUAGGGAACAUUAUGUUCCUGUCCCUACGAGAAGGGCAAAUCACCAAGAAUACCAUAACUGACGAAUUUAAUGGUCGAAUUCAAGUAACUCAGAAGGAAGACACAUCGGGGGGCCAUGAGUUCACCAUGUCACUGUCUCUACGGGGACCAGAGGACACAAACUUGUAUUUCUGCAGAUGGAUCUACUUCGAAUCAAAAAGAGGAGAGGUCUCCAGCAAUGGCACCGUUAUCAUUGUCACAGAGAAAGAUCCCCAGGAACACUGUAGUUUCCACUUCUUGGAUCUCACCUUCAUUACCUUGAGUGUGACAGCAUUCACCAUCAUAUCUUGCGUUGCUAUUGGAGCAAUGAUUCUGAGAUGCAAACGAUUUAAAAAGGAUUUCCAACCCAUGAGAGUUGAGAUAACACCCAGACCUUACAGGCCUGUCCAUGUCUGUGCUGAGCAGAGAACUCUUCAUUCUCCCUACCUAGUUACAUCUCACAGCACUUUGGACUUCAGAGGCAUUCUGUAAUGCUAAGAGUUGGCGCAAUAUUGAUAUACAGAGUAUUGUUUGAGGCAGCAGCGAGGUGUCUUACUUCUUACUUCUUGCUUCUGCUUUUCGUUUCCUUUUAUAAACAAAUUUGCGUUUUGUAUGCAGAAAAGUGAGCUACCACAUCCUGGCUGAUGUGGGCUGUACAGGUGUGUAUGUAAAGGGUGAUGGUGAAGAAAAGUUGCAUGGCAAGCAUUGUUUUCCUCUAUGUGAUGCAACAGAUUGACCUAUUGAGUUUUGCUUCAUGCUUAUUCUGUUUCCUGAGUACAUUUUGAACUUUCAAUGAAUGUUAACCAUUGUUUUCUACCUGAUAUGAAAUGCAAAUUAAAUCUCAACUUUUUC